AUGGCGAAGCCUACCAUCGUCUUCGCCCCUGGCGCCUGGUACCCACCAACAGUCUUUGAUGGGAUCACCAAGAAGUUGAACGAACAUGGCUACAACUGUCACACAAUCGCUUUCCCUUCCAUCCAACAAGCUACCACAGUUCAAGACUUGCGGCCAGACAUCGCGGCAGUGCGAGCAAUCGUCGAGCCAGAGGUCAACGCCGGCCGAGAAGUGAUCAUUGUUUCUCAUAGUUGGUCUGGCCUCCCGGUUGCUAGCGCACUGGAUGGCCUGGAACGAAGCGACCUCGAGAAUGCAGGAAAGAAAGGGGGCGUGAUUAAGCUGGUUUACCUCGCUGCUUUUAUCCCGCAGGUUGGCGAGAGUCUGAUCAGCGCAUUUGGUGGGACCCCGCCGCCUUGGUAUGUGCUGGAUGAACAAAAUGGCACCGUGACAGCCAGCGAUCCAUUCGCACUAUUCUUCCACGAUGUACCCAACGGUCAGGAAUGGGCCCAGACACUCCGACCACACGCCUGGUCCACCAAGAACUCACCCGCCACCAGCGCUGCAUACAUGAAGAUCCCGUCUUUAUACUUGCUAUGCGUGGAUGACUUUGCUAUCCCGCUUGCCGUGCAGCAGUUGAUGGUGGAUCGGGCCCAGCGAAAAGGUGCUAGCAUUGAAACGGAGAAAAUUAAUGCGGGACACUCGCCGUGGCUGGUUCGCCCUGAUGAGGUGGUGGCGCAUAUUCGAAAGCAGGCGGGUGAGGAGUUUUAG